UAUGUGAUACGUCAAAAUUUUUGUGAAACGGAACGGCAUUAUUCGACUGAUUUGGAUUUUUCAAUACAAUAAAAUUCAUUUCAAUGACUUGUGCAAAUUCAACGUUGAUUUGUUGAUGACGGAACAAUAAUAGGCAGUCAAGUUGUGCAGCGCAGUAUACUUACAUCACGGCCGACUCAUGCCGCCGUCAUUACCUAAGGGAUAAUCGUUCAACUUGUUUUGUGCUCAAGUGCUAAUAAAUCAAGAUGUUUCAAGACGACGAAUAUGAACUUUCGGUGACGAGCCCUGAGCGUAUUCAGAGCUUGGGGUUCAAGCCGCAGAAAGAAAUUCUGACCAAUCGGUUGCUACCAUAUGCUGAAGAGUUAGAUGAGGAGUCACAGCGGUUCUUGGAGCAAGUUAAGACAAACCUUGCCAAAUCUGUUUUGCUGAGAGAGAUGAAACCCGCCUGUGGGGUCUGGUCUUCCAGGCUCAUGAAGUACAUAAGAAUUUUUGGAUUGAAAUUCUCUAAAGAGGACCACAUAACUUUUAUAAAACUUGCCUUUGAGCUUGCCCUGACACCUGAUUUGGAGCCAUGCAAAAUCCACAAAUUUGCUACUAUUUUCACUAUGCUGACAAAGAAGCGACACCUCAUUUCGCCAGAAGACUUGACGCUCCCGUGGCGUCCACUCUACGAGCUGGGGAGAAAGAUAUAUGAUAAAAGUUCUGGCUUAUUCCAUUAUCUUACGGCCGAAUUACCUGAUAUCGACGCUUGGACAAUGCUCGAUGGUCUGUCCAAUCAACUGCCAGGCCUAGGCGUUGAUCGCUUCUUACAUUCGCAAGGUUCACCCCUUAACCUACACAAAUCCUUGGAAGGCUCCUAUUUAUCAAUGGUCAAAUGCGCUAGACCAUAUUUCGAGACGAGCGCGACACAAGAGAUCCUAGACGAGUUCCUCCCGCAGAUCUGCCCGUGGGUGACGGAGUCGCACGUGCUGGGGCAGCUGGUGGUGUUCCUGCCGGUGGCGCUGCCGCCGCGCCUCGCCGCCGCGGGCCACCUGCUGUGGUUCGACAAGAUGAUGACGCUGUGGGAGACGUGUCACAAUUCUCCUUGCGGCGUCUCGGAACUAAUAAUGUUAUUCGCGGGCCUAGCGAAACGUAACCCCGGGGCGGUGGACUGGGCGCCCUUCGUGCCCAACAUGUUCACCCGCUUCCUGCACUCGCUCAACCUGCCCGUCAGCUACAAGGAGAUGCAGAUAUCCAAAUGUCAUUCUCUAGACAUGAAGCAGGUGGCCCUCUGGAUAGUGUGGGCCAUAAGCCCCGACGGCUUGGUGUUAAAGCACCUCCGCAGUUUCCUUGCGGGAGUUGAGAGCUACAUGCACAGCGCCAACUCUGGCCGGUGGUCCUACAAGCUGAGGGAUUUACUGAGGAAACUGGCCAGAGAAUUCUUGAACAGAGUGCGUCGCGAACGCGAAAAGAAGUUCAAAGAAAGCUGGGAGAACCAAACUCCGGAAGCAUACAAGCUCCGAGACGAAGAUAUCACAGAAUUCGUCAACAUAGUAUUCGAGCCGACCUUCCAAGCGGUGUACAGCCGCAGCGGCUCCCUCGAUAUCUUCACGGCUCUGCAGAACCUGGCUACGCUGAGGCCUGCCAUUGUGAUCCCCCCAUUGCUGGAAAAACUAAGAACAUCUUUGACAUCGCUCACUGAGCCCCACAGGGUGACAGCUGUCAUGUCCGCCGUCGCCUCAGUCGCCAGACCCAUGCUCAGAGGACGGGAUGCCGACUACCCCGAAGGACAAACCCAUGUAGUCCCUCUCCUCAUGGCCGUCCUACCCGGUCUAGACCCAAACGACACCAAGAAAACAUUAGUAACGCUACACUUUAUACUAAUUUUCAGUUGGAUGGUCCCCAUAAUCGAUUGCAGCUCUGCGCAUGAACACUGGUCAGAUUUAACUGAAGAAGAAUUACUCACUUGCGAAUCGACCGCGCAGUUGGAAGACUUCGUACUGUUAUUCUUAGAUAGAUUAUUCGUAUUUAUCGAGUCCAGUGUAAUGGAGCACGUGCGAUUGGACACGAAGGAAUCUGAAUUGAGUCGUAGUAAAAUAGACGGCUUGAUGGAAACGUCUAUGUCAUCGGCGGCCACGGCAGUUCUGAUGCAGUGUUCUCCGAAAAUAUUCAAAGAGGCACUGAGGAAAUUUAAAGCGUUCGCAACGGAAUCAACGUUUGAAAUCAAUGUGUCGGGCAGCAUGGUUGGAGUGUUAUUGAGGGUUUUUGCCAGAGUCGACUCUGAAGCGACACUGGCCGCUUUUGUGCCCAAAUUGUGUCAAGAAUUAACUGAGUUAUUAGCAACGGAUGAGAGUUUACAUGAAGAAAAUCCAUCUAGAGAUCUAGUGUACAGAUUAGUAUUGUUGAUGCACGUGGUCGAAUGCGACGGGGUCGUGUUGUUGAAAUAUAUUCCACAGAUAUUGCCAGUGUUAGACCGAGCAUUGAAACUCCACUCGAGCGUCGCCCUCGGACGGUCUUGUGAGAUUCUCAGCCACAUGUUCACAUCUCUCUCGAGUUUAUAUUUAUAUGAAUGGAAAAGUUCGCCGAAAGACUAUUCGGAAGCUCCGGAAAAAUGGCUGCCUAUUCGAGAGUGGGGCGACGGGUGUUUGUUGAAAGAGGCGAAUUUCAAAUGGCACGUCGCCAAUGCGGAAGAAGCCGAAUGUGCUCAGACAUUAGUGGAUAGGUACUUGAAGCCAGAAAUUUUGAGGUUAAGGCAGUGGCUUAAUGACGAGAGGCCGAUAUGUCGCGAGCGGCGCUUGCGCAGUUUCCAUAUAAUCAACGCUGUGCUAUCGUGCGCUACGUUCAUGCCACCACCUGAUGAAGAGCCGAUAGCCCUCAUGGAGUCGCUGGUGCCGGCGACGAACAUGCCAUUUACGAACGGCAUCAAGCACGAGGUGCGCGUGUGCGACGCGAACGUGCGCGUGACGCUCACCGCGCUCAUGCUGGCCGUGCAGGCGCGCAUGCUGGCGGACAAGUCCGACGACACGCGCGGCUUCGAAAUGCUCAUACAGGUGUGGGAACGCGUAGUGGUGACAAAAGGCCUCCGGGCCAGUUCCCGACUGGACUCUCGUCUCCGAUCGUUCGGAGCCCUGGAGCGCGCCACCGACGGCCGCGGCGGAUUGGCCAGGACCGCCACCGGCACAGCCAGGCUCCGAAUGCUAUUGGCUGAUGCGGCCAGGCUGCAGGAAGACGCGAGGUUGGACCUCGUAUGUGACGCGGGGAUAACACCUUCCGCGUUGCAUGCUUUGCAUGCGCUGGCCGACUUGUCCGUCAAUACUUACAGUUCGGUCCGAAUCCUCUCCCAAGUGCGCCUCUAUUGGAUGCUGAGCCAUUACCCCUAUUCCUACCGCGCGCUGGUCCCCAAACUGGCGGAAAUACUCACGACUGGCGGGGAAGGGGAAGAAUGGCACGACAAGCACAAAGGCGCCCUCUACAUCAUGCUGGGGCCAAGGUCGUGGCCGCUGGUGGCCAAGCAGGAUUGGGAAGUGGUGCGGACCCUGUGGCCCGCCAUUUUGAAAGCGCCACUUAGCGAAAAGCCGAGUAUAUUGAGACUAGAACAAGCAUUCAUCGACUGUCUCCAAAGAAACUUCCCAGCCGUCAACACACGGCUUACGAUGGCUCAGUCCGCGAUCGAUAUCGCUAAAAACUUAUUGACGGAAACGGAAAUAGCUGACCCAUCACUGGUGGAGUUGAUGAAGGGUGCUGCGGAGCGAGAAAUAGCACAUUCAGACAAGAUGGAAGCGAUUUAUAGAGAAUUGAUUGAAGAAUUAGUGGAUAUAGCUGAAACGCCUAAUAUCCAGUGGCGGCGGCUGGAGCUGGGCUUGCAGAUGCUGUCGUUCUGUCCGUCCGUGCAGACGCCGUACGGGCCGCGCGCCGCGCGCCUGGCCGUGCGCGCGCUCGCGCACGACGACAUCGCCGUGCGCCGGCUGGCCGCGCCGCUCACCUACUACGCGCUGAAGCAGUGCAAGCGCCCGCUCAAGAAGGUCGACGUGGACCCGUAUGCGGCCGCUGGCGUCGCCAAACCGGAUGUUCUCGUGCCUGGUUACAGAAAAGAUCUAGAAUGGACAUUGUGGUCCGAAGAAAGAAUUCCAAAAACUGACGAAGAAUGGGACAAACCCUGGCUCAGGAACCUUACAUAUGGUUUCUAUGCAUGGCCCAAAAAAUUAGAGGUAGCAGCGCCAUCUAGCGAACAAGUGCGAACUUGCGAUUUACCCGUAGACCAAAUGACAGAGACCGAGCGACAUGUCCGCGACUUCUUCAGCGAUGACGCGAAUGUAGAGCGGCUGGUCGGUUUCCUCACCGUCGAGGAGAAAAAGGGGAAGGACAAGUUCAGCGGCAUGAGGUUCUCCGUUUUUAAAAUGUUGUUCGCUCAGUUCGGUGAAGAAAUCGCCAACAAAUUCUUAUCGCGCGCGUUGAAAUGCGCGGGCGAUUCGCAAGAGGCGCCGCAGCGAUUCGCGGCGGAAGUGGCGGCCGCCGCGCUGCGGGCGUCCCGGAAGUACCCGCGGGAACAGGCAAUGGCCUUGCAAAAAGCUGCCAUGGACAUUGUGCAGAUUGGUCUAACAACGGUGACCCCAGAGACGAUGGACGACUGGGGCACAGCUCUAGGCAUGGGGCUAGAAAAACUUGACCCACUUCGGGGCGCGAUCGUGAUCCGCACAUUGUUGGAACUAUGCGUGCCGCCCGCAAAUAAUGAUGACCUCGACGUAGCGCCCGAUAAACACGCGUCCUUCAUUAUCUGUGCGCGACUGUACGCCUUGCAGGGGGCGUUAGUGUCGAUGAUGUGGCGAGGCGCACCGCUGGCCGCCGAGAUACUGGAGCGGCUGGAGGCCGCGCACUUCACGCAGCAUCCCUACCAGAAUGUGCGCGAGAUCGUCGGAGCCCUCCUAAUGACGAUCUUCAUGCUGGAGCUGGUGUUCCCGGGAGGCGAGCGCGGGCCCGCGCCUGCGCUGUCGCGGUUCCUGGACAGCGUGCAGCCGCGGCUGGCUGCUUUGUACGACGAGAACGGAGACAUUGUGGUGAAGCCGGCGCCUGGAGCGGCGGCGGGGCCGUGCGCGGCGCAGAGCCGGACGGAGGCGAGCGCGGUGUCGCGCGCACGCGCGGGCGCCGCGCCGCUGCUGCUCGAGCUCGCGCAUCUCGCGCCGCGCGCGCUGCUGCCCGACGACGAGCCGCAGACCACGCACGGCUCGGGCUUAGAAGACGCGGUGUCGCGCGGCCACAAGCUGGAGUCGGCGGUGGUCGCUCAGUUCCAGACGGCGCUGCGGCUGGCCGGCGACGCAGCACCGCCGCUCGCCAGUUCCCACGCCAGGGCUGUUAGCUUGCUCACCACUGUGCUUCGCGGCUGCCUAGGCGUGAUGAUGCGCGGGCCGGGCAACUACACCGGCACUCUGUACCGCCUCGCGCGCACGGCGUGUGCGCUGGCGGCGCGAGGGGCGCCCCACAACGACGAGCUGCCCCGGGCCGCGGCCGCCUUCCUGGCCGCGCUCGCGCUCGCCCACCACCCGCCCGACGCCUUCGACGCCGCGCUGGACACGCUCGACCGACUCGCUGACGAUCGUUCAUGGUGGGCCCGCCUGUCGUGCCUGGAGUUUGCGCAGCCGCUUCUGUUCUACGGUCUACCGCUGCUGUGCGCCCGCACAGACCGCGCCGUGCGCGCUGAGAACUUCGCGCUCAAACUGAUGCGCGACUCAAGGCUGGAGGUUCGGCAAUCAGCCGCGAAGCUCCUCACCGGGUUGAUGCACUGUCGCGCUCUGCCUGACGAGGAGAACACACUGAAGAAACUCAUGCACAGCUGCCAGUCCAAGCAGCUGGUGGAACGGCACUGCGGCGUUCUGGGCCUGUGCGCAUAUCUGGCGUCGCGGCCCUACAGCCUGGGCCCACGCCUGGGCCGAGUGCUGGCCCAGCUGGCGCGUCACACCUCCGCCCCCGACCCCAUCCCCGCCACCAUCCGCACGGCGCUCGCCGACUUCCGCCGCACGCACCAGGACGACUGGCCUAAACACAGGGAACAACUAACCGAAGAGGAACUCGACUUGUUGGCAGACCUCACCUCGCCCCCUAGUUAUUGCGCUUGAACGUUUUUUAUCCCAAGGGGGUUCGUGUAUAUACGGGUUGCCAUCACCUUAAGAAGGAACGUCGACAAAAUAGGAUUAUUAUAGCGGAUUAUAACGCUUAUGUGAUACUGCGUUGCUACCUGCUAUUAUUUCAACAUACAUUCUUGCAUAACCUCAGUGCUCAAUAUUUUCAAAAUAUAGUUUUUGACAAUUGAAAAAUCAGUUUUUAGUAAUAAAUAGAUAAUAUCUGCAUAACAUUAGGAUACAUCAAACGGUGGUGGCAAGUGCAACCAUAUGCGUUGCAUCUGGGUGGUGGUCAUAGCUGAUUAUAUUUAUAAUUUAUAUACAUUUGUAUAUACAAACUUUUAUUCAUUGUAAUCGGACAUAUAACAUUUUAAAAUACAAGUAAUCAGACAAUUGUCAUUUAAAAAGUAGGUCAUCGUUUUAAGUUGUACUAUAUUUUUAUAUCGUAAUUAUUUUUUGACACUUUUUCAGUAUUUUGGAUUGUUGUUAUAUCUGACCCUUUCUAUCUAUAAUUAAAAUUUGAGUUAAUUUGUUGACCUCCAUGCAAAUAGUAUGGAGUUUAUAGGUUUUGUAAAUACAAUGUAUAGAUAUAAUUCAUGUUAUUAGGUUUUUUAAUAAAUAAUGAAAUGAAUGAUGAAUAAGGAAA